AUGGCAGCGGGGACGGUGGCCGCGCGGGAAGGCGGGGAGGAUGCUUUCCGGCAACUUUUUCGCUUUUACCGCCGGUGGGAAGGCUCGGAGCUGACGGGGGUGAUUGAUUUCUCGAAGCCGUCUGCGCGACAGGUGGUCAGUUCUCCCCUUGUUCUUUCUUCAAUAAGCGAUCAAGAUGCCUACAGAGCAGGGUUGAAGCCAGUUAGUGUGUGGAAAGCCUAUGGUCUGGCUAAUUAUCCAGGGUUUAUAUUUAUCCCAAACCCGUUCCUUCCAGGCUGCCAGCGCCACUGGGUGAAACAGUGUCUCAAGCAAUACACCCAGAAACCUAACGUGUGCAAUCUGGAUAUGCACAUGUCUUCUAAGGAGACCACAGAUCUUUGGGGAAAGAGUCGGCAGCAGCUGCGAAACAAAAGUUCCAGCAAACGAGAGCCAAAAUGUUUACUGGAGAAGCUGCGCUGGGUGACUUUGGGAUACCAUUAUAACUGGAAUACCAAGAAAUACUCAGCUGAUCACUGUACGCCCUUUCCAUCUGACCUGGCUUUCCUUUCGAAGCAAGUGGCUGAAGCUUGUGGGUUUCCAGGCUUCCAAGCAGAAGCAGGGAUCCUGAAUUACUAUCACUUAGAUUCUUCUCUGGGGAUUCAUGUGGAUGAGUCUGAGCUGGAUCAUUCUCAACCCCUUCUAUCAUUCAGUUUCGGACAGUCAUCCAUAUUUUUGUUGGGGGGGCUGAAACGAGAGGAAGCCCCUGUGGCCAUGUUUAUACAUAGUGGGGACAUGAUGGUCAUGUCUGGAUUCAGCCGCCUGCUAUACCAUGCUGUUCCCAGAGUUCUGCCCAAUCUCGAGGGGAAACUUCUGCCUUCCUGCCUGGAGCUGCCUCUGCCUGCUGACCUUCCUGUAGACUCGAUUAUUGAGCCCUGCUCCCAAGAUGAUUGGCAAGUCUGUGCUAAAUAUUUGCAAGGAUCCCGAAUCAACAUGACCAUCAGGCAAGUUCUGGCUGAAGGCCAGAGCUUCCCAACUGAAUCUGGGGUGGAGAACAAACUGGAUGUUCUUUCCAAAUAUUCCUAUCAUGAAGAGAACAGUGAAAUUAAAAGGCACAAACCUGAUCCAGACAGCUGAGACCACCUAG